AGCCCCCGCCGCCGGACACCGACCCCCCCGCCGCCGGGGACCGACAGGCCGGUGGAGGCCCUAAGCGGGCAGGUGUGUCUGUGGGACCGCCACCGCCGCUGCCCUGGCUGGCCCGGGGCCCCCCGACGGCACGCUGAGGCGGGCAGCCGGAAGAUGAGCAGGCUGCUGCUGGGCGGGACCCUGGAGCGGAUCUGCAAAGCCGUACUGCUGCUCUGCCUGCUGCACUUCCUCAUCGCCGUCAUCCUCUACUUCGACGUCUACGCCCAACACCUGGAUUUCUUCAGCCGGUUCGGCACCCGCGGCUCGACCGCCCGCCCCCACCCCGGUGCCAACUGCUCCCGACCCAACGGCACCGCCCCCAGCCCCGGGACCCCCGAGUCGCCCAGCAGCCGGCCCGACGCCAACCGUUCCGUCACCUCCCUGCCCCUGCCGCCUUGCCCCGAGAUGCCGCCUGGACUGGUGGGCCGGCUGCUGAUCGAGUUUAGUUCUCCCAUGCCAAUGGAGCGGGUGCAGCGUGAGAACCCAGGGGUCACGGCGGGGGGCCGGUACGCCCCCCCGGACUGCGCCCCCCCACAGACGGUGGCCAUCAUCAUCCCGUUCCGCCACCGCGAGCAUCACCUGCGCUACUGGCUUCACUACCUACACCCCAUCUUGCGUCGGCAACGGCUUCGCUACGGCAUCUAUGUCAUCAAUCAGCAUGGAGAAGAUACCUUUAACCGGGCCAAGCUGCUGAAUGUGGGCUUCCUGGAGGCGCUGAAAGAAGACGGCGAAUACAACUGCUUCAUCUUCAGUGAUGUGGACCUGGUGCCCAUGGACGACCGCAACCUGUACCGCUGCUCCGAGCAGCCCCGCCAUUUCGCCAUCGCCAUGGACAAGUUUGGUUUCCGGCUCCCCUACUCCGGCUACUUUGGAGGAGUCUCAGGCCUGAGCAAGUCCCAGUUUCUGAAGAUCAAUGGCUUCCCUAAUGAGUACUGGGGCUGGGGGGGCGAGGACGAUGACAUCUUCAAUCGGAUCUCCCUGUCGGGAAUGAAAGUCUCCCGUCCGGAUAGCCGGAUUGGCCGCUACCGAAUGAUCAAGCAUGAGCGGGACAAGCACAAUGAGCCCAACCCCCAAAGGUUCACCAAGAUCCAGAACACAAAGCUGACGAUGAAGCGGGAUGGCAUCGCUUCGGUGCAGUACCGGGUGCUGGAGGUGGCGCGGUGCCCGUUGUAUACCAACAUCACCGUGGACAUCGGCAAGGCUCCCCCCCGGCCGGCCCGCGGCUAGCUCCUCCGCGCCUUGGACGGACCGUUGCCUGAGCCGGCCCCUCCCGGCCGGUGCUCGUGCCACGGGGCUGCCGGUGGACCCCCUCGCCCACCCCCUCCGCGCCUUUCUGCAUGGCACAGGGCAAGGGGGCAGGCCUCGGCCCAGGGCCUGGGGCGCUCCGCAGCAGACCGGGAGUCGGGCCGUGGAGUAACUGCCCCACCGGGGGUGGGAGCCCGCUCCCAGCCUGCCCCUCUGGUGGGGGCAGCCCCCCACUCUUCUCCUUUCCCCUUUUCUACAGACUCGAGACUGUGCCAGUUAGCGUCUGUCUGAGGUCUUGGCCCUGUUUCUCAGCUGCUCGCUACAGGGCCCUGCUCCCACCUGCCUCCCCCAGCUCCUGCCCUUCUGCCCCAGGCCUCCCUUCCGACUUCCUCCAGGUGUCCCUCGCUAAUCCGAGUUUUCCAAGUCAUCGAGAGCUGUGGGGCUGGAUCCCUUCCAUUCUGGUGCUCCUCUCCCUCCCUGCAGUCCAAGGGGAGAUCAGCUCCCCUCUGCUCCCACCCAGCCAACCUCUGUACCCCACCCCUCCCAGGAAUUGACCCUCCUUUAGUUUUGAGUCUAUGGACAGGUCCUGGCCCCAGGACUCCUCUCCCCUCAAAGGUGGAGGAAGAGGAGGAGGAGGAUGGCUGUUUAUUAUUUAACGGGCUGGUGGGCUUUAUGGCAUUUGCAGGUGUUUAAAGCACCAUCUUCCCUGAUCCGAGGGAGUCCCUAAAGCACAGAGGUUUAUCCCCGCCUCAGCCAGGCCCAGGCCCACGGGGCUCUUUUCCCCUCCUCUGUUUCCCAUUCCUGCCCUCCUGCCUGCCCAUUACUCCCCAGGAGCUUCAUCCGCCCCAUCCUGCCCUGCCCCACAAAGCCGAGCUUUCCUCCGCCUCACCUUCCGAGGGAGCGUUCGCUCCCGUUAGAGCAGGAGCCUGGGAGCCAGGGUUUCUGGAUAAUCUUCUCAGCCCCACCACUGCCUCGCUGUGUGGCCUUGGGCAAGUCACUUCACCUCUCUGUGCCUCAGUUUCCCCACCUAUAGAGCCGGGAGAACCCCCCGGCUCCCUCUGGGGUGGGAGGGCCCCCCCACCCCAUCAGCAUGCAACCUGAGAAAGGAACGGGUGACCGGCGCAUCAUACCAGGGGGGAUUCCCUCCCCUCUCCUCCUGCGGGAGUCUUUCUCAUCAUACGGUAGCCAGAGGAAGGAGGUGGGGCAGGAGUGGAUGGGGUCUGCAGCUGCCUCUCCUGGAUGUAGGCUGGCCCCGUCCUGGUAUGAUUUGGGGCUGGGGGUUGUUUUCAUUUCCUGGGGACCAAGGGUGGAUUUUGCAUGGGGGCGGGGGGGAGAGGGAAAGGGUCAGGGCUUCUUGAGUCCCAGCUCUCUGUACCUUGCCCAGCAAGGGCAGGGAGUUCGGAGGGGCUGGGGUCUCUGCCUGAAGGCAGCAGUUUGCCCCCUGGCACCAGGUAAGCCUGCUCAGUCUGCGCUCGGGAUCUUUGUAUAUUGCACAGGAACUUGUGUGGAUGCUUUAGUAAAAAACGUGAAUGGAGCCCA